AUGCAAACCUCUAAGCAAACUACAUACUCGGUGCGCACCCAGCAGUCAAGUGGCAAAGGUUCUGUAUACAGGGCCCCAACUAUCCACGGUGGAGCCGGAGGGAGCCGUGUCAGCAUCUCAUCUAGUGUGCGCAGUGGGCUGGGAGCAGGAAUGGUCCAGGGAGCGGGGGGCUUCUCCAGCAGCAUCCAGGUGAGCGGCAGCGGAAGCAACAUCACAGGAAACGAGAAGUUCGCCAUGCAGAACCUCAACGACCGCUUAGCCAACUACCUGGAGACGGUCAGGAACCUGGAGCAGGCCAACCAGAAACUAGAGAUUAAGAUCAAGGAGGCCAUGGCCAAGAGUGGACCAGACUUCAGAGACUACAGCAAGUACCAGGCCAUCCUGGAUGAUCUCAGGAGAAAGGUGUUCGAUGCCACCAUGGACAAUGCCCGCCUGGUCCUCAGCAUUGACAAUGCUCGCCUGGCAGCCGACGACUUCAGAGUGAAAUUCGAGUCUGAACUGGCUAUCCGCCAAUCUGUGGAGGCCGAUAUUGUUGGUCUGAGGAAAGUGAUCGAUGACACCAACAUGAGUCGCAUGAACCUUGAGAGCGAGAUUGAAACCCUGAAGGAGGAGCUCAUCCACCUUAAGAAGAAUCAUGACAACGAAGUAAUGUUGCUUCGUAGCCAAAUCGCCCAGUCGGGAGUCCACGUUGACGUUGACGCUCCUAAAGGACAAGACCUCGCUCAAAUCAUGGCAGAGAUAAGGGCUAAGUACGAGAAGAUGGCCCAGAAAAACCAAGAUGAACUAAAAGCAUGGCAUGAAUCUCAGAUGACAGAAGUACAGACCCAGGUCACAGUAAACACAGAGGCCCUGAAAAGUUCCCAGACAGAGUUGAAUGAUCUACGCAGACAGCUUCAAACCUUGGAGAUCGAGUUGGAGUCCCAGAGGAGCUUGAAAGCAUCCCUGGAAGGCACGCUGAGAGACACAGAGAUGCGUUACAACAUGGAGAUCGAGUCCCUCAACAGCAUUAUUUUAAGCUUGGAGUCUGAACUCACACAGCUCCGUAACAACAUCCAGUUGCAGACCCAAGACUACGAAACACUGCUCAAUAUGAAGAUGAAGCUGGAGGCCGAGAUUGCGACUUAUAGACGGUUGCUGGAUGGUGGAGAUUUCAAGCUUCAGGAUGCCCUGGAAGAGCAGAAAUCAGUGAAGACCAAGGUCAUGACAGUGACUCAAACUCUGGUGGAUGGCAAGGUUGUGUCCUCCAGCACAGAAACCAAGAACCUUUGA